AUGCAGGAUACUGGUAGUAGUGACUCGGCAGUGAAUUACUCACAAGGCCAGAAAAUACUAUUGAGAGAUACAAGUCCCAGAUUUGAAGAUACUACAACAACAGGAACAAAUGAUGCGAAGGCAGAAUUGAAACAAGCCGUGAAUUCAAUCAGUCUAGCCGAUUUUAAAUUGGUAAAUUUGGCUACUAUCCCCUGCUUCAGAAAUGCUGGGAUGAUUGGUUUCUCCUCAAUGCUUAUCUUUGGUUCGAUCACCUUCUUGUACAAUAGAAAUAUAACAAAGGCAACAAAUUGGAGUGCCAUGGGACUAAUAUUGGGGUCAAUCGUAGGUUGGGAACAAUGUAGGUUGAAACGUCAGAAUGAUAAGGAAUUCACGCAAUUGGCUAUACAGACAGUAGCUAAAAAACCAAAACCCAUGUUACAUAAAGACGAAAAGAGCAUUGAAAAUUUAAGGAGAAUUGAAGCACUGAAGAAAGAUUGGGAUAAACAUCCCAACGAUAUUUCCAAUGAUACUAAGCCUUGGUAUAAAGUCUGGUGA